UUUAGCUCCAACGAUGGCCUCUUGCAUGGAGGGGAAAAGGAGACCAUGCAGAACCUCAACAUCCGACUGGCCUCUUACUUGGACAAAGUGAAAGCCUUAGAAGAUGCCAAUGCUGACCUUGAAGCAAAGAUCAAAGAAUGGUACCUAAAACACCAGGCCAAAACCGUUCCAGGGGAUUACAGUAAAUACUUUUCUAUCGCUGAGGAUCUCAAAAACAGGAUUCUAGUAGAAACUACAGAAAAUGCCAGGAUUGUGUUACAGAUUGAUAAUGCCAAGUUAGCUGCAGAUGAUUUCCGUAUUAAAUAUGAGAAUGAGGUAUUACUACACCAGAAUGUUGAAGCAGACAUCUGCGGCCUACGUAGAGUAUUAGAUGACUUGACCUUCACCAAGUCCAACCUCGAACCUCAACUUGAAAGCCUUAAGGAAGAGAUUGAGUGCCUGAGGAAGAACCAUGAAGAGGAAAUGAAUGCUCUCAGAGGACAGAAGGGAGAUGUUAACGUGGAGAUGGAUGCGGCCCCUGGAAUUGAUCUAACCAAACUUCUGAGUGACAUGCGCUCCCAGUAUGAAGAAAUUGCAGAACAGAACCGUCAGAAGGCUGAACAAUGGUUUAGAGAAAAGAGUGCAGAACUCAACCACGAGAUCUCACACAGCAGUGAGAUGGUUGAAAGCCAUAAAAGCCAACUUACGGACCUCAGACGUACAGUGCAAGAACUGGAAAUUGAGCUCCAAGCACAACUUGCUAUGAAAUCCUCAUUGGAGGGCUCAUUGGCAGAGACAGAGCAUUGUUAUUGUGCACAGCUGUCACAGAUACAGAUCCUUAUAGGAAAUGUGGAAGAACAGCUCAGCCAGGUCCGCAGUGAUCUGGAACGUCAGAAUGCAGAGUACCAACUUCUGAUGGACAUCAAGACCCGACUGGAAAUGGAAAUUGAGACGUACCGCAGACUGAUUGAUGGAGAGCCCCUGGGGACAGGCAGUGACACUACAUCAGAACAAAAUAAAACCAGGAAAGUUACGACAAUCGUGGAGGAAGUGGUGGACGGCAAAAUCGUAUCACAAAAAGUGAAUGCAACAGAAGAGAAGGUGUAA